GGAGGAAGAAGGGCUUUGUCUGAUGAUGAUUCCUGCUUCUUAGAUGUUGAAAAAAAACUUGAUGACGCCUUGAAUGGAGAACACUAUGACUCGAUUAAAGAUCACGUAAAUCCAAGGAUUCUAUCCAGCUGUGAGACUAACGCUUUAUUCAAGGCAUUUGAGGUAAGAUGUUUCCUCUUCUCCGAGCAUGAGCUCUUUAUGAAUAAGUGCCUAAAAAGCUCUUGUUAGCUUUUGGGAAGCCUCUAGAAUUAAAGCCCUAAGAGAGCGAGUACUGACUUGAUAAAAUGAUUUUGGUAUUACUUCCUUAUUUAGAACUAAGACAAGCUUCGAGUUAAACUAAGCUGUGAGUUAUCAAUACGCUUUGAGGAGGACAUACGGUGUACAAUCACCAGUAGCCAUGCUGAUCUCAAAAAAUUUUUACGGCAGGUGAAGAAGAAAAUCACAGAUAUUCCCGAUAGUGGAGGAGCUGAGAGGAAUGAGUUUGAAACACUGGCAAACUCAGUGGAUGAGUUCACGGCGGCUUUAAUACAUCCGUUAAAAUCUGACGACCACGCUAGACGCACUUUUAGCAGCUGCUUAGAAACUGUAAUGGAAAAAGCCAUCGACACAGAGCAGAAGAAGGUAUUGCAUAGUUGGAAAGUGUAACUAAUUUAGCGACGCAGCUAGAUGUAUGUAAAAAUCUUACUGCAUGUUGUCAUCAUGCGAUUCGAUUCGUGCUCUCUUUCGUGCAAAGUCAUUUUGGCAAUGACGCGUUGUUAUUUUGACAACAAAACGUAAAAUUGAACUCGCUCACGUGCGCCAUGAGAUGGAAAUGAAUGACGUAAGGGUUGAUUGCGGACUUAAAUAUCAUUAACAAAAAAAUUUGCUGACUUCAAAGGAAGUCAAACAGAACUCGAAGUAAUUUUAUUUAAAUACUUCGAUCACUGGAAUUGAACGUUAGCUUAUACCAAGUCACGGUCAAAUGGUCAAGAGAAGCAUAUCAGCAGUCGCAGAUUUCAUAGCGUGCGAGCAGGUCCUUAUGAUUAGCACUUCGCCGCCAACGUUGCUUUACCCGUGGGAAAGUAUGAGACUUUGAGCGGGGUCUCAGUGGAGUGAUAGCUUUUACGGCUAACGGUUAAUAUUUUGGUCAUUUUACGCCUGACGGUUAAUAUUACUUCAUUGUUGUCAUUGGGAUUUUUUCUUUUUACGGUUAACUUUUUUUUUUCGAGUAACGGUCAAAAUUUGUCAAUUUUACGCCAAACGGCUAAUUCUUUUUGGCCGUUUUACGGCUCUCGGUUAACCCCAUCGUGACCCUCUCGAGCAACGUGUGAGGGUUCUGCGAGGGGUCUGGCACUCGCUAUUAGUGCCAGACAACCGGCAUGACUCGUCUUGCGUCCUAUAGCGCUCUCGGCUCAUGAUGAAGGCCUUCUCGCAGGCUACAGAUUGCAUAGAAUCAAAACCAUCGUAAUUUCGAAGAACUCGCGGUGCUUAUUUCAAACUUUAGCCCUCUUUGAUUGUUUCUUUGUGUAGUUUAUAUCUCAUCCAGUGAUUUACAAGUUACUCGAGGCUAAAUGGUACGGUUCAUUUGCUUCUUUGCGGAAAAGCCCUGCGACAAGCCUACGCUUCUGGAAAUACAUCCUUCUCAACAUCUGGGCUGUGUUUGAUUUCUUCCUUUUCCCAUUCCUUUUGACGUUCUUUUUCAUCAUUAGACAGAUAAAAAUCCGCUCACGAAAAAUGACAGGUACGUUUGCAUGUUCGAUGACGUUUAGUUAACCGAUAGUGUUGGUAGUAUUUAAUUUCUGAGAUUCUGACCUUUUCGGACAGUAGGACAAAUGACUGAGUGCUCGGGAAAACAUUGGGAUAACUGAGCUGGUUUGUAAGUGCAACGCAAAAUAGCACAGGAGACAAAUACUGACACACAGGCGAAGUGAUUAUUCGCAUUUUCUCGCUAAAAACAAAUGACUUCGAUUGCUGCUUUGCGCUUGAAGGACUUGGAAAAUUAUUGUGCCGAUUUGAAGUUGUGAUUUUGCGAAAUGAUAAGUCAAGUGAGCUUCUAAACAGACAAAAAGGUAAAGGAACAGGAGAGGAAAUUGGGGGAGGAGAAAACAGAGACCAAUGGGGAGGGAAAUGCUCUGCUCUUGUCCCUUACCUUAAGUGACGAUGUGUUAACCAGUGGUAAAUUAUAUUUAAGGCAAACUUCAGCGACAAAAUCAUUUUUUCAUGAUUUCUCAAUCACAUUUCAUAGACACAGAGGUCUGUUUUGCGAUAUCCCUCUCUGGCCAAGCAUCGGAAGAGACGUUUGCUUUAAUAAAGAAGUCGAUCAACUACAUAGUGCAUCAAUACGGCUGUCACUCAACCAACUAUUGCAUAAUGUUACGUCAGGACGACCAUGUUCCGAUCACCAGUAUAACCUUCGAAUUUGAAAACGCCACAGAGACAGAUAUAUUUAACAAAGUAAAUAAAUUAACAAAGCCCACUGCAAUUCGUCCUCCGCUUUGUGACGACUUACGCGCUGUUCGCGAUGCAUUCAAAAGCCCUCGCGUUCGCUUAGAAAGCAAAAAGGUAAGUUAGCCCGUAACAUUACCUUCCUUGAACGAGUGUGCGUGUAAUCGAAUAAAUUAAACGAAUGAAUUGAAGAAAGAAUUAUUUGAACCAUAUUUUAAAUGUAAAACCGAAGUAGCAGUACGCAGGGAGAGUAUUGCAAAAUUGAAGUUGUUGAUGGCUGGAGCUGAAUUAAUUUCUUUUUCACAAAUACGUUUUUCUUAAUCACUAGGUAAGGCAACAUUGAAGGAUCAUUCGCCUUAAGUAAUGCAGAAUUUGCAUCUAAACUACGGUUAUUUAUCUUAGCAUUCCUGCAUAUAAAGUGCCUUUCUGGGUUUCUUAUGUGAAUGAGCUGAUGGAGCUUUAUGCCCAGUUAACGCUCCUCUCUUUCUCCAGGUCCUCAUCGUGUUCGUAAAUGACCUGAGCAAUGUGGAGGGUGUUCGGGUCGUAAUCGAGGAAAUUCGAGAAAUGGACGUUCAGCUCGUCGCUGUUGGAUUUGGAGAGCAAGCCAAUCUAAAUGAACUAGAAAAUAUUACAGAACGGGAUGCCCUUCACUUAGAAGAAUUUGAAUCGGCAAGGACUUUGGGAACAGCUGUUAUACAAGGUAACUAAAAUGGUAACUGUUUCGUAUCAUUCUCUCUUCAAAAAUCAGUAUAGUUAAUGCCGGCGUUUUAAUGGAAGCAUUUGGCUGCACCGCUCCAAAUAAUUAUGAACGCAUUAUCCUAAAAUUUAUGUAAUAAACCUGUCCUAUGAUAGAGAGUAUUUUACCUAAUGGAUGGGUAACUUAACUGCCAAAGUUUUGAACGGAAAUACACUUCUCAGGAGAUCCGCCAAACCCUCACCAUUUAAGAACAGCUUUGACAAAACAGGUACUCGUUUCACUUACUAACAUCAUCACUAACACUUAUUAACAUCAAAACAUGUUAACAUAAGAAAGGAAAGAUAAAAGGCGCUCUUUCCAUCAUCCUAAGAAUCUUUCAGGGGUAUUUACAUAUUGUUUUUCAUGUGUUUCUAAGAGACCUUCUACAUGAGUUUUUUUUCUUGUAGACUUGGAAGGCAAAGACAUCUAUGGUAAGAAUUUAAGAGAAAUUUAUUUAAACCAUAAUGAAGCAAUAGAAAUUUCAUAACACCUUUUCAGUACCUAUAUCCACUUCUUGUGCACGACUAAUGAAGAUGCCUCUAAAAUGCCUUGUACACGGUUUUAUCAAAAACAGCGUAAACUAAUACCAAUUCAAUGAAUGAAAAGAAAAACAACAACAAAUUCAAGUACGAGAUGGUCGCGCGCAUAGUACCUAUUUUGUAAACCACUAAAAUUAGAAGUGUUUGGGAACUACGAAAAGAAGGAAUGUUCUGGCUAAGUGCUUAGGAAUUGUUGAGGCCUGUUAGAUUAUCUUGAAACCCUAAUGCGAGUCUUGUGGGCCUUGGUUUGUUAUGGAAGACCACACAUUUUUUUUAACCUUUUGAAUGAUGUGUCCUUGACCGUUGUAAUAGGGCUUAAUUCUCGUACGAUAAUCGUCAUCGCCAGUCGUGUUUGUCCUUGCUUAGAGCUCUCAACGGGAGGUUUUGAUUAGAUUUUAGUUCUCGAAGAAUUUUUUUUUUUCAGGUACUUCGUGAUUCAUUUCCAAUACCUUUUAAAAUUGUUUAGCUUAGUGUUCUAAAAUAUGUUUACUCUGCCAAGGUCAGUUGUCCCGUAAGCCCAAACAUGCCUACCGAUAAGGAAUCUAAGAGUAUGUGCCUAGGGCUGAAUUAGAGACACUGAGACUCAGCCAUUCAAAUGAAAAGCCACUAUUGAGAGUCAUUAGGCAGAGAGUGAAUAGAAGUUCCUGAUCGGACUGCUGGUGCCUCCCGUGUGCGCGAGUUUCUCAAGCUAGUUAGCCACAACAGUCCAAUACCUAUAAGAGCAAGGCAUUGUGCAAAGCUAUAAGGCUUCAGGAAAUGAUAAAGCGAAAUAAGUACUUCCGUAUACUGACUGCUCCACUAAACUGCAAAUUUCAAAUCUUAGUCUUACGGCUUGAAAAGGAUAAAGGAAUAGAGGCACAGGAGUCUUUUCUGCGUCUGUGAAAGUAUUCCUUAUUUAAAAAGUACUUAAGCCUACCACAGAAUAAUUUGUAAUUUUUAAAUUUCAUCGCAGAAAUUUACGUGGAUUACUUUACAACUCCUUACUUCAUCUUCCUCCGCGACACAUUAAGUGCAGUCGCCUUACUCGGCCUUCACUUUGCCAUUUGCCUAACUCCGUCAGCCAUCGCCUUUACCUCUGUUGAGUGGGUUGUGUUGCUUUUCUUUCUGGGAAGAAUUGUUAUGGUAGCUGAUCAGUUCAUUUGCGCAAUAAAGACAGAGAGGAAACUAGCGAUACGAAAGCGACACAGAUGCCUCAAGAACGCUUCGUACGAAGAAUGUUCUGAUCCAAAUCAAAAGGCAGACUCAUCUAAUAUGAAAAUUGCGCUGAGAAAAUUUGUCAAUUACUGCAAGUGGGUGAUUAUUUAUUUAUGAAUUAUUUCCUUCUAUUAGUCCUUAGUGUUAAACAACAUGAGGAAGCCAUGAGAAAACUCGAAAUAGUAGUUUAUUUGUAAGGUGGUUAAUAAGUUUGUCUCGGAUACUUCCUCGUGCGGAGCGCACCAGAUGCGCAUGAUGUUUUGGCCCACUGCUGAUAAACUUUCCUACUUGUCCACGUAGCCUCAAAUCAAAAUACUUUACUCGCUGCAUCAUCUUGACCAAUAGCGAGUCCUAAUUUUCUUGCAGUUGUUUAUUUAGCAAUAUCACCACAAGAUUUCAAAUAACAUGGCUUAUGGCUAUGAAUUAUCAGUUGUAGCCGGAAAUUUUAAACAGAGGCUAAAGGCUAUUUUAUCUUUAUGAAAGAGAAGGUAAAGGUGCUUGACAAACUACUUCAAUUUUCUCUACUAUUAAUAACGUAUGCUUAUCAAGUUAACUAUGGCAUGCAAUUUUAUUUUUUACUAGUGACCCCUGGCAUGCGUGUGACGUCGUCAUUCUGAUCAUCUACAUCGUGACAGCCACUCUACGCAUGUUAACAUGGGUUUCAUCCUCUUCAGUGUCAGGCAAUAGGACCUUGGCUAUCACUGGUUAUUUUUAUGGCUUAAUCGCUUUGUUUCUCACGGAGCGCGCUUUUGGUCACGUGAUGGAGGUUGAUAGGGGUAUGGGUGCCAUACAAAUUGCUGUCUUUGUUAUUCUGAAAGAUUUACGUACCAUCUUUUGGCUUUUUAUUGCAACUGUUCUCGGAUUCUCACUGGUGAUAACAAAGAUUUUUAUGGUCGAAACAUCAUACAUUUCGUCAGGGAAUUCUCACAGUGAUCGGUAAGUAUGACCUUUACGUUUCAGUUUUCGUUAGAAAAUAGGUAGCUUUUACCUUAUUCGCUAGUUUUAUACUUGACUGAUAAAUGUAACAAGCAAAUGAGGCAUUUUCCAUUCUGUGUUAUUACUGAGCCGUAAUUACUAGCUAUUUUACUUUAUUACGCUCUGCGUACUUGCUGAAACUCGCACCACGUUUUCAACUAGUCUCAUCCAAGAUGGAAAUUCACGUGACCUGGACAAUUUCGUUCCAUGUACCUUGCGUAUUCAAGAGUGUUUAUUGUGGGAAGCUUUAAGCACCUUUUAACUCUGACUUUCAUUAACUUCUGUGUUGACUGGCCGUUGUUCUAAUUUGGCGACAUUCAGAUCAAAAAGAGAGUAAAGUUAAAACCUCUUCAGUUGAAUUUAGCCCUUUAACACCCUUAGGAAAUAAACAUGCUACUUCGCCGUAUAAUAUCCAUAAAUUAUUCAGCAAACAGGUAAUGAGAAUACUCAAAAUUAUCAGAUAAAAGUUGUUAUUUUGAUCUAACACCAAAUUAUUGUACCUAAUUUACAAGGAAAUGUGUAGCAGCAAUAUGGGAAAAUUAACAAUCAGAUCUUGCGACUUAAAGUGUCUUAAAAGAUCUCAGAAAUUUUUCGUGGGAGAAGCAUUAUAGUGAGCAAUCUAAGCCUGAUGCCCAAUUUUAUUGAAGUUAAUGAGAUCCCAUUACUGAGUUUUUUUUUACAUUUUACCCCUCGGUGUCCUCAUAUAAAAUCUUAACCAACUUAAACCUAGUUUUCUCUCCCCAUCUCUCUCGGGCACCAAAACUGACUGUUUCCAUCAUUAUUUUUUUAUCCAUUCUUAUUGUGCUGUAUUGAAAGUGGCAACGAUUUAUCUCGGUAAGUCAGUCAAUUCCUCGUAUGUACAAAGUUAGAUGCUUUCAUGUUUGUCUAAAGGACUAAUUUUGUUCAAUAAAUUUACAAUUGCUUCAUGUGUUGCCAUAUUUGAUUUAAAGAAGUUCGUAUGUAACUUUAUUAUAGAGGUUUGAUGGGCAUAGAUAAAUUAUAAAUUACCCUAAAUUAAAUACAGUGGAGUGUAAACAUCCCAGAUUAUCAAUUCCUGUGACAUAUGUUUGGUACGUUAGUUCGCACUGUACUGACAGUGAUCAGAGUUGCCCAGAUGAGAUACAUAUUAAAAAAAAGUCGUUGUUACUCUCGUAAGAGAACUUCUUUAAGGUAGACUAAAAAUAUUGAAAUGUUUGUGUUUACAGUUGGUGGAACAUAACGCGACAUCUAGCAAGAUCUUUACUUGGAAUGACCUCAUUAACUCCAUUCGAAACCCUCGAGGAGCGCAGUCCGUCUGCCAUCUUGGCCAAUCUUCUCUACUUGAUGUUCCUGGUCAUGGGAGUUAUUCUUCUCGUUAAUAUGAUGAUAGCUUUGCUCUCCAACACCUAUCAAAAGGUCCAGGUAAAAGUCUCAAUAACACUGACAGCAUUUCCUCUAGUUUACUGUAAGUCCUUUAAGGUGCGGGACUUUGCAGAAAUGUACUUCAUGUACGCCCUAACAUUAGUACUCACAUUCUUCAUAUUGUUCUCUAUACAUUUCCUAUGGUAGUGACAAGGACAUUUUGUGUAACAACCAAGAGCUUCUUCUCUCCUAUUUUUCAUUCAGAAGCUUAAGGUGACUGCGCAUCUGCGUAUACUUGUCCAUCAUAUGAAUAUCUUUUAUAAUUUUUCCUAGUCCUUCUUUUGACAGAAUAACGCCUUACAAGAGUGGUCCUUUAAGAAGGCAGUAACAAUCAAAACCUACAGCGCACGGCAUCCGGCACCAGUUCCAUUUAACCUUGUCACCAUGCCCCUCAUCGCUGUUUUCAGAAUGUGUCAAAGAUGCCUAUGUAAAAUGAAGUCUUCCGAAAUGCCUGGAGUACAAGAAGAAGGCAGGGUAUGAGGAAUCUUACUUACUUUGGAAAUUAUUCAAAAUGAAAUUAGAAAUAGAGCCGAACGUUGUGGCGAUAUUCCGUAGAUAAAUUGAAAAUGUAUUUCUCGCCGUAGAUUUGGUCAUGCAUGUUUGGGUCACUUGGGUCAAGACUACUUAAAGGGUUAAAAAAAAGGUCUGUGACAGACAGAAAAUGCCUGUCUGGAUUGUCUAAAGAGGAGCCAAGGAAUUUUGAAUAAGCUUGUGGAAUGAGUGCACAGACGUGCUCUGAUAGAGGAAAAAGGGAACAAGUCAAGUAUCUGGAGAUUCAGUACGGCGUUUUUUUUUUGUUACCUCUCGAGUGAACGAAAAAACUUGGGGUUCAGGCACAAACCCAACACUGUGAAUCGCUUUGAUUGUCCUUUACCUAAUGUAAAACCACAACUGUGACAGCAGUCAAAGUUUAUUUGCUGAUUGAUUAAAUUUAAUUAUCUUCUGUAAACAUUGGCGGCUCGAUAGAUCAAUAAACAUGUAAGCGAAUGAAAAUAAUCCUGUGCUUUUCUACUAAAAGAAAACUCGUGGAAUUUACUGAUGCGUAUAUUUUAUUUCAAUCCGUCUAAAAGAUAUGCGAUCACAUAAACUGCAUUCUGAGGUUUACGGUUCCUUGGCAGAUUCAAGCGGGAGAAGACCCUCUAAGCAAACACCAUCGCUUUACACUGCAAAUAUUUAUUGAGCGACUUUGAGGCGAAACGUGACGUUAAGAAAGGAAAUCAGUGUCAGUGGAACUUGGUGUGUCCAGGCAAAUAAAGAUUUGGAUUGCAGCGUCGGAAAACGAAUUUAAUGUUCUAUAUCGUUAACACUUCUCCGACGUCUCCUAAGGAGAAAGGAAAAGAUUGAACCGCUUUUGAUUGUUAGGAGUUAUCAGACUUCUUAUUUCAUCACUGGAAGCAAAACUGUAAAAUGACUUGGGGGCGAACCAACCCGUGGGCGAAACGACUUUUUGGCGAAACUGAACUGUAGACGAAAUGACUUGGAAUCGAGUCAACCUAAAGGCGAAACGAUUUUUAAGCGAAACUGACCUAUUGGCAAAUUUACUUAGGGCGAACUAACCCGUAGGCUGUCCCCCUCCCCCACUCCCCCCUUCUUUGUCGGCGACAGGAAAAGUCCUGCAUUCUUAUAGGUCAGCUUAUUAAAAAACGAUGGGUCAGUUUUAAUCAAAGUUGUUCCUAAUGUUGUCUAAUCCAUUGCCCAUUCACUGUUCUCUUUUGGUGGACAGGAUGCUGCUUUAGAUAAACUUGUGGAGAAACUACAAAGGACGUACUUUGCAACAUACGGCUAUUCUUUUCCGCUUACUGGUAAGAGCGGGUUCAACCUCAUAGCUAUUAGCGAUUUCGAGCGAUCAAUAACUAAAAUGUCAAAUGUAGUCCAUACAGAAGCACGCAACCUAAUUUAAGGUUAUAUUCCUUUGGUCCAUAUUUCAAUUGAGUUUCGAAGAAAACCAUGAUUGCAAAUGUUGGUUUCACGCAGCCAUACUGCGCGAUUGGUUUAAAAAAAUUAGCACUAGGUGCCUUUCCGGCCAAUCAGAUGCCAAAUUUAACCAAUUGUGACUUGCUUGCAUACGUUCGAAGCUUGCUACUUGUGACAUUUAUCUUUAGCUCUCUUUGGCCAGAGUGGAAUGCUGGCUUUCUAGUAGGCGAGAAUUAAAAACACUUGACUUGUUUCGUAUCGUGAAUUGCAAGAUCACCAGAUGACAUUCAUAAAUUUAGCAACAAUAAUAGUAGCAAAAACAAAAUCACUGAACACCUCAACAAUUAUCUUCCAAAACCCUUCAAGUGAUCUUUACUUUUCAAAUUAUCUGUAUCUUUAGAUGAAGGAAAGAUCGAUGAAGUUCUACACGAAACAGACGGAAAUCGAAAGAUGUGUAGUCAGAUCAUCCGAAGAGUGUUCGAACCAUCAACCCUUGGACAGACAAACGUACAGAACGGAACAAUUGUAAGUUGCAGCUUAUUGAAUACGGCAAUAGACGGUGAAUUCAGUCAUUAAUUUUCAAGUAGAAAUUUAGUAAAAAAAAUAUCAGUACUUACGGCACUGAAAAUAUUUUAGUGUGAGCAAACAGAACCAUAUCUGGUUGGAAGUAAUUGGUAAUUUUGGAGAGGUACUCAGACUGUUUAGCUCAAAUACACACAGACAAACAAACAAUCAAAAAUGAGCCAAAGUUUGAAAUAAAAAAAAAAAAAAAACGCACUGAAGAAGCGAAACACAGUUGUGUUUACGAUUUACGAGCAUCUCAAAGUGCGUAAGUGUUGACUAAAUUUUGCACUUAUUGAGUCUUUCGCGUCUUCUUACUUUGUUUAAGGAAUGGGAAUCGCUUGGAAUUGGAAUCGAAGGCUCUCUGCUGACCUAUGGAGGUUCUUCUUCGUGUGACAUUUGUGAAAUGUGGAAUCAUUCCUGGGCACAUCAUGGAGCAAGGGGCUUGGCGCCUUUAACCCCAGAAAUUCCGAGAUUUGAGGUAAGAGAAACAACAAAAAAGAGCAUAUCAUUGUGUUUAACUAUUCUAUAAUACAGUCAAAGUCUGUUUUUUUCACUUAGCUCGCGUGAGUGGGGCUAGAUCACAGUUUGAUAAUCUUAAAAAAGUUAUCCUAAAAAAUUUUCAACUUUCCUCAUUCUUAGCCGUAUCUGCUCCUUUAACUUUAUUUUUUCCGCCUUUGUAAUUUGCCUAUGCAAUUACACAUUGAUCUGAUAAUCCCCUUUCGCCCACAAUUUUACCAAACGGUGAAUACCGGAAAGAUGUCGUGCUCAAAUUUCGUUUUCCCUUUCACGGAGAGCGCGCGGCAUAUUCGGCGACUCGAAAACAACGGAAAAACUUUGGAUUUUCUUGUCGGAAAAUGUCAGAAAAUGCCUGAAUAAGGCCGGGUAUUCAGAACUUGUUUUCCGAACGGGUGAACGCCAUAUUUUUUGGCGGUGAAUUUCAUUCUAUAGAGUUUGAGUUAUUGAGUUUCUUCGAACCAAAACCAGAGUAUCCGCCACGGCAUCGAAUAAUCAUCAGAGUAACGAAAAUCAUGACAAGGCGUCGAUCAGAACUAAAAGUACAAAACAGGCAUAUAAACUGGCUGAAGCGGAGGAAAACACCAAUAGGCAAGUUGUGAUUGGUAAUUUUGUACCUGCUUUUUGGAGAGGCUUGCGCAAGUUUUGUAGUCCAACAAUUAAGCGAAUUAAAGCGUCACCAAAGAAAUUUUGGAUCAUUUUCCAGGCCCAAUUUCACACUACUUUACAAGCAAUUCUCCCAGGCUCUAAAAUGGUUACAAAACAUCCCAAACGGGCUCCUUUAACGAAGCUUCCCGCUUAAAUUGACUUGAAUUUUAGGUGUUAAUCCAAGAGAGCGGAGAGAGGCGCAUUGUGGCAGUGGGUGCAGUAUAUGAGGGCUACAACUGUCAUUUCAUGCCGGGGUGGAAGGAAGGGACUGUCGGUUAUCACGCUGAUGACGGAAGAAUAUUUGAACCGAGCUGCAGGCAACAGGGAAAAGAAGUUCCUGGUAGGUAAUGACGCUCUUAAACUGAAUGUGUCAAUGAUUCAGUUUUUAAACUUAAAAGUAGCCUCGCAGAAAAUGUCACUUUUUUAUCACAAGCAGGGUUUGUAUAUGCAUCUCCAUGUUAAGGUGACUCAAUCAGCUCAAUAUCACUCUUUUUUCGUGAUCUUACUGUUGUUGCUGUAGCUGAAAAAUGUUCGAUUAAAGGAGAAAUUUUCAACAUUGAAGUUAAUCUGUCGUUACACCCUUUCAAACACUUCUAAUUGGUGAGAAUUUCCGUAUCCUGUUAAACCGAAAACGGCAUUCCGUUUGACGGCAACCUCCACAUUCGGUGAGAUGACAUUACUGUAAAAAUCGAUGAAGGCAGAAAAUAUGAGAUACUCGUAGAUGAGAAUGAAAUUCGUCAUCACACUGAGAGUCAAAGGUCGUACUGAGUCAUCAUUGCGUCCCAUUUUUUUCGACAGACGCCAUGGCCUACCGCGGUGAUCUUAUGGCCUGUGAAGUAAAUUUUGAGGAUGCUGAAAACGACUUAGUUCCUGUAACGUUUUUCAAGAACAGCACAGAGGUGGCACGUACAUCAUUAAAGUUCAUUCCUGAUCAUACUAAACUGUUCCCCUUCAUCGGAAUGGGUUACGCUGGAAUUCGUGUUCUGGCAAAGGUGUGUUAAUUUUCGUUCCGUUUCUGUAUGGAUGUAUUGAAAGCGCAGUUCAGAUUCAAACUUUGAGCGCUAUACGAAAUUGGGGAAUGUUAUUGGUUUACUGACUAUAGAUAUUCCACUUAACGUCCUCACUUUUUCAUGAAUAAUCGUGAAAAGUGUUACAAUCGUUAUCUCUCUAUAUAAUCAUUAGCGAAAAAUCUCGAGAAGUUUAUGCGGAGAGGCCUUUUUGAUAACCACCUUUAUCCCCCUUUUUGCUCUCUGUACUGCAAUGUUUUGAAUUUUUUUAAAGGGUGCCCUAAUUGUUUGCACAUUGCGUAAUUAAUGAUGGUAAUUGAACGUGCAAUUUGGUCUGAAAUCAUAUGUGUGAAUUCAGACCAAAAUUGCACGACACGAAGUUUGAAUACCUCUUAAUUACAUCCAUUUUGAAAGUGCAAAAUUCAGUCACUAAGAUGCAGGAUUUUGUCUUUGCAAAUAUUUUGUUGAUUCAGUAGUAAGCUGGCUUGUACUAAACUACAAAAGUUGUUUUUCAUUUUCCUGCAAUUUGAUUGGUUUCUUGAAACAAGCGAUUGGUUGUUGUAUUUUAGUAAAGCCUCUUCCUAAGCUGGGAAAAGGAUGCAGUUAGAGCAAAAACUGGUCCGAUUCGUGAAUAAAUCGCACCAAUGAGAGCCAAUCAUAUUACAAGGAUCAUCAGUAAUUUCAAAAUGGACGUAAAUAAUUUAUUAAUUACUCAAUCAUAAAGCUAUCGAUUUGGACUAUUUUAUGUAGAUGUGCCCGCGCCAUGGUCAACAGGCCCACCGCCCUGCAGAUGCUAUAAGCAUACCGAAGGACACGGAUGUACAAGAGAAACUUGACAUCCUGAGAGAAGAGAUGAAAGACAUGGAAAUGAUCAGGAAACAGGAGGUCAAAGAAUUGGAGAGCAAACUCCUCUAUGAGAUCCGACAGUUGACACGUGCAAUCAGAGAGAAGAAUAUUUGA